CCUUAUCUUUGUACUCGACGCUAGCUCCACACGGCUACAUGUAGCUAGUUGCAGGCCCCGCUAAAAUUUUCUGUCCGGACUGUAUCGCGCUUGUGAAUCUCUGCUAACUACGGAAUAUAUCAAAGAGCUACCACCCACUACCCUCAACAACCCAGAUCACCUGAGAGAUUUGGUACAUUCUUGCAACACUUUUGUUUACUGAACCCCAUCCCUUAGACGGAAUCCAAAGACAACAUGCCCUCCAAGAAGCGCAAGUCAGAAGACGACCCCACGACCACGACCACCAGCAUCGCUGCUCACAGCGACAACGACAACGCGGGCAAGAAGCGAAGACGCCUAAGCGACGCGGACCCCGUCGCAGACAAGAAGUCCAAGAAGAGUAAAAAGGAGAAGAAGAGCAAGAAGUCAUCAUCCAAGAAAGACAAGCACCACAAGCACACUCCCUCUGCCGAAGACGAAGAUGCCGCCACCGCAGACAACGCAGCUCUCGAAGCCGCUGACUCGCCCGAGGACACCCCCAUGGACGAAGCUCCUCUCCCCGCCGUAGAGCCUCAAGGCGACGACGAGGGCAAAGAGGAGACUAAGGAAAGUUCCAAGAAGAGCAGCAAGAAGGACAAGAAGGACAAGAAAUCCAAGUCCAAGAGCAAAAGCAAAAGCAAGUCCGAGUCCGAGUCCAAAGCCAACGCUCCACAAGAACCCACCGACACCGACCCUGUAGACACCACCACCACCACCACCACCGCUGCCGCCAACGAAGAAGCAGAAGCAUCAGAAGAAAAAACCACCCCCUCCGAACCCCCCCCAUCCAAAAAAGUCCGCUUCAUAGUCUUCGUCGGCAACCUCCCCUACACCGCGACCCCCUCUCAAAUAACAGCCCACUUCUCCGCCGUCCACCCCACCUCGGUGCGCCUCUUACACGACCCCCGCACCCGCAAGUCCCGGGGCAUCGCCUUCGUCGAGUUUGCGCGCUACGACCACAUGAAGACGUGCCUCAAGACCAUGCACCACACCACCUUCGUCUGCCCCUCUGGUGGUAAAGGAGGCGACGGUAGGACCGAGGAGCGCCGCAUCAACGUCGAGCUGACCGCCGGCGGCGGCGGGAACACCUCCCAUCGCAAGGAGAAGAUACGCGCCAAGAACGAGAAGCUGAAUGAGGAGCGCGCGCGGAGGGCCCAGGAGGAGGCUAAGGCUAAGGCUGAGAAGGAGAAGGUGAAGGGACAGAAUGGGGGCGAGAAGACUGGUGCCGGCUUCGAGGAUGCUAUCCACCCUAGCCGACGUGGGAGGGUCCCUGGAGCCGGGUCAUGAUACCCUUAUAGAGAUAGCUUUUCCAUUAACCUAUGUAUUUUGUAUUUUACCUUAAUCACGUGCUUCAUAAAGCAACUUGGGCGUUCACGAAGUUAUAGGAAACGAAAAACGACGUCAA